AAAGAAAUCUCGCGUUUCACGUUUCGCUGCGCGCGCGAUGUGAUCUUUUUUUUUCACGAGCGUGUUUUUUAUAUGAAAAAAGUCUCUGGAUGGUCUCUCUUUCAAGUCUUCCAUUCCUGUUCCCUCGUACGAUGAUACGUUUUUCAUUCAAUGAUACGAAUGGGGCGGAAGUUAGUGUUACAUACCCCCGCAGAGUUCGCGAACUAUCUGCAAACUCUAUUCCGACGUGAUCGUCGGUCCUCUCACGGAAUUCCCUAGCGUAUCUGGAGAUAUUGAUUUUGCGACACGAUUUGCCGGGGGAUACCCACAGAGUGCCGCACACUCUGGGAAAUAAAUCCGCGAAUGGAAUCUAGGAAGGUGGCGGAGGAAGGAAACGUGAGAAAUCGCAUUUGGCAGGUUCUACGAGACUUAUCUGCCAUCUUGUCGAUUAUUGAAAAUCGGCUAACUCAUUCGUCACGUCUGGCGAUGCGCGCUUCGAGCGGAGGGAAAAAGACCAAGGAAGCGGGAAAGGAAGGGGAGGAAACAUAGAAUGAAAUAGACUAAUCGGAGAUUCGAGGAUCCACGGGUAAAAAGAAACCGUGAAUUUCCGGCGAACUCGGCGUGAAUAAUCAAGAGACUCGUUAUUAAGUAGGGAAACAUUCGCGUCGUUCGCCCGUCGCCUUAUGCUUCCUUAUUGAUUUUCGCUGAUGUACUUCGCUAUUAGCUUGCAUCGUCGCUUGACGCCAACUAAAACGAUUACGUGCUCGUCAGAGAGUAUUCGAAACAUGUUCGCAGUUUACGAAGACGUCGGAGCGCAGUAUCGGAAAAAAUUCCCAGUGUGUAUCAAGCGUAUUAAUUCUCUUUUUUUUCUAUAACAAGAAGAGGCAGAAAAUCUAAGAAACUUGAAGCUCUCGCGUGCCUCGAAGCGUAUUUGGCGUCGGGAGGAGCAUGAGUUUCUUCUAAUAGACAUGUCCCCUUGAAUCUGUGGUUGCGAGCAGCUUGUCGCGCUCGCUGAAAUGGCGUGUAAAAUUUUGUCAGGCAAAACCAGUUUUGCGUCGUAAAUCACGAGAGGCGUGAAUGGCUCCUCGAUAUAACUCACGCGAUCGCGCGCGAUAUCGGAAAGUCCCCGAGUGCGUCGAGUUGGAUAUCUAAUGUCGUCUUAAAUACGCGUGCAGCAGCAGCGCGCGGGCUGCCAACAACGGCGACAGCCCUCCAAGUCCGAACGCUAUCGGGAAUGAUGAGGAAUCGGAUCCCGCGAGUCAGGUGCGCGCAUAAAUAAACAAUAAGGAGGACCGUCGAGUUAUGAGAUCCGAUCUUAAUGGAGAGAGAGUGCGUGUGCUUGACGAUGAUUUAGAUAGAGUCGUUUUACAGCGGUCUGAUCUAACGACUGCUCGACGGGCUUCACAUUUUCCGUUCCAAGGUUAACCGAGCGUAUUACGGUGGCCACGAGCGUAAUAUAUUCAUACGCAGCCUAUAAUCAGACUAUGUAAUUGAACUGCACCGUGGAAUUAUAAUUAAAUCUAGCGAGUGACUUAAUACAUCAGCGUUCGCGCGUGUCGGUUAAUCGCACGAUUUGUAAAAAGGUUGUAAAAACUUGUAAGAGGAAGGCAUUAACGUGGAGCAUCUCUCGCUCCGGGUUUAAUAAAAAUCGGGGGGGGGGGGGAGGCGCAAUUUUAGGGGAUGCGCGUUUUUUAAGAAAGGCGAGCGCUCCGGGAGUUCUCUCCAAAGGAAACUCGUCGGUAUUAAGGUCGACGUAUAUAUAUAUAUUGACGGAGGUCCUCGAACAAUAACGGCCGUCGAUCGUUAAAUCCGUACGAGCUGUAAUAAAGCGACCGUCUGAUACGCGUAAACUCGGGUUAUCGCGCGUUUGCUCCCACGUCUCCAGCUCGUCAAGUUGAUCGAUACAUCUCGACAUGCGGGUCACGCGCGUCGCGCGAUCAUCAUCAUCGAAACGGUCAACGUGUAAAAUGCAAGUCAUAACUUCGAAGCGACCGAAAUACAACGUUCAUGUGUAACGUCCCGAGUUUGUAUACUGAGUUCGCGCACUUCCGUGUAUUUGUGUAACGCGCCCUAGAGGCAUAGAGACAUCUUUUCGUUAUUCGGUCCAACGAGCUUGACGCGAUAAUCAAGACGACAGGCUCUCAGGCGGAAGCGGAGUCUCUUAAGCCGCUCGGUUAUUGCCUGGAUGGAUGACUUGCGUCCGAGUCGAAUAACAACGAUAGCGGACGACGGUGAGGACAAAAUGCCCAGGGCUUCCGUGGUACACAUGACGUCGACGGCGACGAGGCCGCACCACAUGUCACAAGUACUAGCGACCCUGGCGCUAUCCAUGGGAACAUUCUCCGCCGGUUUGGCCAAGGGUUACACCUCGCCCGCGUUAGACUCGAUAUUGGAUAAUAAAACUCAUCUUUAUCAAUCCAACAACAGCACGUGGUUGGCCUUUUCGGUUACGCAACAAGAAGCCUCGUGGGUCGCGUCGCUGUCUAUGUUGGGCGCGUGGUUCGGUGCCAUGAUAGGCGACUGGAUAAUGCGACGAGGACGUCGAUUGGCGUUACGGAUGACAUCCUUACCCCUGGCGGCGACCUGGGUCUUGACGGGUGUCGCGCCGUGUGUGGAACUGGUGUACGUCACAAGUUUCAUCGGCGGUCUUUGUUGUUCGGUCGUCACCAUGGUGGCGCAGGUAUACAUAUCGGAAAUCUCGAUGCCGGGCAUCCGCGGAUGUUUGUCGGCGAUGCUCAAGGUGCUGGGUCACGUAGGCGUUCUGCUGUCGUACAUAGCCGGCAUGUAUCUGAAUUGGCGACAAAGCGCGCUGCUAGUGGCCGUCGCGCCGUCGAUGUUCUUUCUAGGGACCCUCUUUAUACCCGAGACACCGUCGUAUCUCGUGCUAAACGACAAAGAUGACGAGGCCGCCGACAGUCUGCAGUGGCUGCGCGGGCAACACGUCGAUAUAAGACACGAGCUGCAGGUCAUCAAAACGAAUAUUCUGGCUUCGAGGGCGAAGCAAUACGAGCUGAGUUUCAAAAACAGCAUGUUUACACCGAGGCUGUACAAGCCCAUCGCUAUCACGUGCGGUCUCAUGUUCUUCCUUCGAUUUUCCGGCGCGAAUGCAUUUAAUUACUACGCAGUACUCAUUUUCCGCCAGACCCUGGGCGGGAUGAAUCCCCAUGGAGCGACCAUAGCGAUCGGAUUUGUACAGCUAUUGGCCUCUUUAUUGUCAGGAUUCCUGAUCGACAUAGUCGGCAGGCUGCCGCUCCUGAUAGCCAGCACGGUUUUCAUGUCGCUGGCGCUCGCCGGUUUCGGCAGCUACUCGUAUUACGUGUCGCAAACGCAAAGUCCGGGCUAUGCGAUGGACUCGGCGAUGACGGGCCAGCACGACUGGAUACCGCUACUCUGCGUGCUCGUGUUCACGACCGCCCUCGCUCUGGGCAUAUCGCCAAUUUCUUGGCUAUUGAUUGGCGAACUGUUCCCGCUGGAGUACCGCGGCCUCGGUUCCAGCAUCAGCACGAGCUUCAGCUACUUUUGCGCGUUUAUCGGGAUCAAGCUCUUUAUGGACUUCCAGCAGAAUCUCGGUCUAUACGGGGCCUUUUGGUUUUACGCCGCGGUGGCGGUCUGCGGACUGUGCUUCGUAGUCUGCUGCGUGCCCGAGACCAGAGGCAGGCAGCUGGACGAGAUGAAUCCGGAUUAUGCGCAGGCACGGUAGUAUAAGGCCUCGCUGACGGGGGGUCUCUCGAACUUGGAGAAGGCGAACAAGCCCUUGCCGGGCGGCGCUUAUCCGAACGAGCACGAUCCGCGGAACCUCUACCGCUCUAACGACCCGUCGAUCGCAACUCCAAGCGUCGCCCAUCGCAAGCUGUCGGAUUACUGCGGCAUCUUCGCCGAGAAGACCAACCGUAUCGGCAGGAACGUGGAGAG